CUUCUUGCGUUGCACAGGCAAACCUCGAAUUGACGAUCAAGCACCAACCAAACGGGGUACAUCCUUCAUACCGUCUCACUUGGGUAGCACGAAGACUGUCUCUGCGACUGCACUUGUCUGAUUUCGUGCUUUCUAUCAAGAAUUCACUGUCCAGUUUGCAAGCAAUAUGCUACAUCAAGCUGCGCAACGCGUCCAACGCGUCGUGAUCCGAACCGCUGUCGGAACGACCGUGGUUGUCGGUACUGUUGAAUGGGCUACCCAUUUUCCCUCGCAAGGGCGAUCGUCUCAAUUCUAUCACGACUUAGUCGAUCACAUUGUGACUCCAACCAUGCGACGAAUUUUGGAUCCAGAAACGGCUCAUCACGCGGGAAUAUUUUUCGCCGAGCAAGGAUUGUCACCGAGAUUUCGACCGUCGGCGUUGGAACAACGCUGCGUUGUCUCAAAUUCCGUUUUUGGAAAAACGUUUCCCAAUCCAAUUGGAUUAGCGGCGGGUUUUGACAAAGAUGGCGAGGUGGUGCAGGAAAUGCUGGAUCUGGGCUUUGGAUUCGUGGAAAUUGGAACCGUCACUCCUCAAGCCCAGCCGGGCAAUCCAAAACCUCGCAUGUUUCGACUCGUCGAAGACUUGGGCAUUAUCAAUCGGUACGGAUUCAAUUCGCAGGGAGCAAGUACGGUUGAGAAGAAUUUGAAAUCGUUUCGGUCUCCACAACCUAUCGACUCCGCCAAGCUUUCUUGGCCACGUUACAUUUGGAACUUUUUAUACCCGCCGCGGCAUCAAUCCGGUCUCGUCGGUGUAAAUAUUGGCAAAAACAAAAAUUCCCUGGAUGCAAUUGGAGACUACGUUUGCAACAUUCGGCAGCUUUCAAGCUUGGCGGACUAUAUGGUCUUGAAUAUCUCCAGCCCCAAUACUGCCGGAUUGCGAGACCUACAGCAGGCAAAUUCGUUGCGUGUGCUGCUUACGACUUGCCUUACCACGCGCAAUGAGAUGACGCAUCGUGUUCCACUCUUGGUAAAGCUGGCACCCGAUCUGACUGACGAAGAAUUGGAUCAAAUCGCGAAUGUAUGUUUAGAGGUCGGCAUAGACGGUAUCAUCAUAACGAACACAACUAAUCACCGUCCUGCCGAUUUGCUCUCGAAGCAUCGCGGUGAGAUUGGUGGAUUGUCGGGAAAACCCGUGAAGGAUCAAAGCACUGAAUGCAUUCGUCGACUUUUUCGUCUAACGGACGGUAAAAUCCCCAUUAUCGGAGUGGGGGGCGUAGGGAGUGGCCACGAUGCAUACGAAAAGCUCAAGGCUGGAGCAAGUUUGGUCCAAGUCUACAGUAUGAUGGUGUAUCAAGGCCCGGGAGUCAUUAGUAGAAUUCGACAUGAUCUUGCCACCCUCAUGCUGGAAAACGGUCAGCGUUCGAUUGUAGACGUGAUUGGGGCUGACCACGAGGACAUCUUCUGGCGUAAACGCGAAGAGCGAAUUGCCCAAAAGCGCAGACGAGACACCCGCAUCUCGAUUGAAACACUACCAGUAAAGAAAACGGAGUUUGCUUAAAGUAAAAGAAAACGUAAGAUUGUGGAUUAUGAAC